AUGGAGGUGUUCAUAGAUGAUUUCUCUUUGGUUGGUGACUCAUUUGAGGAUUCCUUUGGUCAUUUGAGCAAAGUUUUGCAAUGGUGUGUUGAAACCAACCUUGUCCUUGAUCGGGAGAAAUGUCACUUCAUGGUAAAAGAGGAAAUAGUGAUUUGCCCCAAUACCUUGGGAAAGGGGAUUCAAGUAGAUCAAGAGAAGUUGUUGGAGAAAGAAAGUGUGUUUGAUUUUGAUGCAGCUUGUGUGAAGGUAUUCUCUUGUCUUAAAGAGAAGCUCAUUUCGACUUUGACUAUUGUGGCUCCAUAUUGGAGUCUUCAAUUUAGACUCGUGUGUGAUGAUAGCAGGUUGGCUCUAGGUGUUGUUCUUGGCCAAAGGAAAAACAAACUAUUUCACCUGGAUUACUAUGCUAGCAACACAUUGAAUGGGCCCAAAGAAAUUACAGAACAAGAAUUAUUUGUUGUUGUUUAUGCAUUCGAGAAGUUCAUGGCCUAUCUUCUAGGUACCAAAGUGGUCGUGCACACAGACCAUGCUACAAUUAGGCAUCUAAUGGCCAAGAAAGAAGCGAAACAGAGAUUGAUCUUAUGGGUUGAAGUGAAGUACCAAAGUGAGAGGAAAAUUGGCAGGCAGAUGGCAGAGUCAGCGUGUCACCAAGUGGGAUUGUUUGAAAGUAGGGCUAAAAGGAUGAGAUUUACCUGUUCGGUGAGCUUGGUCAAGCUCACCAAGAGGAUUGAGACUGGUUUCUUGAGUGAUGAUGCAGCUAGAAGGAAACCGACACUGGUUGACACUACUGCAGUUAUAGAAUUGGAGAAUUUGGGGGUCGACACUGCACCUUCUGCUCCUCCUAUGGAGCCUUCAGCCAUUGAUGCUUUCCUUGCUCCUAUGCGGGUUGAGAUGGCGGGAUAA